CGUUAGUUACCAUCCAACGCCUAUUUCCUCAAGUAUCCUCUCUCUCUCUCUCUGUACUUCUCUUUUAACAUCUCCCCUCUAAUUUCUGUUCUAAUUUCUGUUCUUUUUAAUAAAAGGAUUUUCUUCCGGAUCAGAUUGUGAGGCCACUUAUGGGAAUGUAGAUUAACUCUCAAGUGGUGAUGGAUUCAAGUGAAGGGCAGUCAAGAUCUAUCCAGAUGCAGUCACCUCCUGGAGAGGCUUCCCUUAGUAUCAAAAAGGAAGCAAUUGACUAUAGUAGUUCAAGUUUUGCUGCUCAUAGCAAUCUUCAGAGCCCUGUAGAAGUUUCCUCUUCAUCUGAGGAAGACAACUCACAUGAAACAGAGGAUGCAAAUGAACAGUCCACUGAAAAUGCCUCGAAGCAGAUAGUACUGUAUGACCCUGUAGCUAAUGGCUCUGGUCAAAUUGAAAUAGUUCCUCAACCACUCCAGUGCCGGCCUCAUCCAUCUGCUAGGCGCCCAGGUUUUCUUAUGCAUUCUAGAGUUUUGCCGUCUGUAGGGGCUUUCACAGUCCAGUGCGCCAAGUGUUUUAAAUGGAGGCUUAUUCCAACAAAGGAAAAGUAUGAAGAAAUACGUGAGCAUAUUCUAGAGCAGCCAUUUUAUUGUGAAACAGCCCGUGAAUGGCGGCCUGAUAUAUCAUGUAAUGAUCCAGCAGACAUUUCUCAAGAUGGCAGCAGGCUUUGGGCAAUUGAUAAGCCUAACAUUGCACAGCCCCCUCGUGGGUGGCAACGACUGUUACGAAUUAGAGGUGAAGGAAGUAGCAAAUUUGCAGACGUGUACUAUCAAGCACCAUCAGGCAAGAGACUUCGCUCAAUGGUAGAGAUUGAAAGGUACUUAAUGGCAAAUCCGGAGUAUGUGCAAAAUGGGGUAAAACUCUCACAAUUUUCUUUCCAAAUCCCAAGGCCUUUGCAAGAAAACUAUGUAAGAAAGCGUCCUGCUCGUCUAACAGCUUCCUGUGAUAAUAUUAGACCUCUUGAGCCUAGUGAAGCAAAUCCCAUUGCAUGGGUUCCUGGUGAUGAUUUUACAGAUCUGAAGCUUGGUAGGCCAGCAUUCCCACCUCCAACAUCCUUUCAAACCCCUAUCUCUGAUCCAUUUGAUCGGCCAGUAAAGCAGGCUAGGAGAACACCUUUGUAACAUAUGUACAGAAGGUUAUUUUGGAAUACAACCAGUGAAAAUAGCAGUUCAGACUCUGAGGUUUAACAGAGAUAUAUUUUGGUGACAGUUUGCAUUUGCCCUCAUAUUUUGCUUUAUGAUGCUAAAUUAUGUAUAUACUUUUCUUCUUUUUUUUUUUUCCUUUUUGAACAAAGGCCUUGGAUGAGCCUUUGUUGCAUAGUAGGGGAGGAAAGCUGUUGGAGGGAAUGCAGAUGUGUUUGUUUGAGCAUAUGGAAUGUGGAAAAAAUCAAACUGUGUACAAGAAGAUUGUGAUAUAUUUGCUAAUAUCAGAUCCUUGAACAGGCAACCUUACCAACCAA